AUGAGCAAGGCCUCGGGCGGCUACGGCGAGGCCUCGGGCGGCUACGGCGACGGCGCCCAACCCCAACCCGACGCGGACUUCGACUGCGGGGCCGCGUACGGCAACUGGCAAGCCGCGUGGUCUUUCGACAAGAAGCGCUGGUGCUGCGAGAACCAGCAAAGGGGCUGCCCGGAGACGAGCAGGGCCUACGACUGCCAAAGUCACGAGGCAAGCUGGUCGGAGAUGAAGCAGGCUUGGUGCUGCAGUCGCUUGAACAUCGGCUGUGGCGAAGUGAUCACCUCCGUGCCCUACGACUGCACGGCAGGGGAGAAGAACUGGAAGAAGGGCUGGUCGAUUCCCAAGAAGCAGUGGUGCUGCCAGGAAUUCAAAGUGGGCUGCCUCCAUGACGAGUCGGACUUCGACUGCGACGAGGGUCUGGACAACUGGAAGUUGGGCUGGUCGCUGGACAAGAUGCGCUUCUGCUGCGACACCCAGGGCCGGGGUUGUUUGCCCACCACCACCACCGCCAUGUUCGACUGCCACGCCGGGCUCGCGGACUGGGAGGCGGGUUGGUCGCACCCGAAGAAGCUCUGGUGCUGCAGCCACUUCAGCCGCGGCUGUCCCCGCACCACGCCGCCGGAGCCCUACGACUGUGGAGCGGCGGUGGACAACUGGAAGGAGGCAUGGUCGAAGCUGAAGCAGCAGUGGUGCUGCGAACACCACGGCCACGGCUGUCUGGUCACCACGUCUCUGCCCUACGACUGCUUCGCGGGCUUCAGCCAGGAGCAGCUCGCGUGGUCGACUCCCAAGAAGGACUGGUGCUGCAGCCACUUCCAGCGGGGUUGCGCGCCAGAGGUCACCACCACCCUGCUGCCCUACGACUGCUACGCGGGGUACGAGAACUGGCAGAACGGGUGGUCCGACAGCAAGAAGCGGUGGUGCUGCGACCGCUUCAGCAAGGGCUGCGCCCACGUGCAGAGCUCGGCGCCCUUCGACUGCGACGCCGGGGUCUCGCGCUGGGAGAGGGGCUGGCCCGUGAGCAAGAAGCGCUGGUGCUGCGUCCACGCGCAGCGCGCCUGCGAUCCCUACGACUGUUCGGAUGGCUUCCAAGACUGGAGGGCUCUGUGGUCGAUGGCCAAGCAAGCUUGGUGCUGCGACAAGGAGCAUCGGGGCUGCCCUCCGCCCACCACCACGGGGCCCUUCGACUGCUCCGCGGGGUACGCCAACUGGGACAUCGACUGGUCCGGCGCCAAGAAGGCGUGGUGCUGCAAGAACCACCAGCGCGCCUGCGAGCGCUUCGAUUGCCACCUGGGCUUCAGUCACUGGCAAGUGAAGUGGCCGCCGGAGAAACAGAAGUUCUGCUGCGCGCACUCGGGCGCCGGCUGCCCCGUGAAGACCACGUCCGAGCGCUUUGACUGCCUCAGCGGCUACGAGCGCUGGGAGGCCUGGAGCGCCCCGAAGCGCCACUUCUGCUGCGCCGCCUACGAGCGCGCCUGCGACCCCUUCGACUGCGAG